AUGGCUUCCACAACGCCCCAACAAGGCUCAGUCAACACCGAGACCCAGGCCGCGAGAACAGUAAGCCAGCAGGAAGCUCAAAGUCAGAGGGACGCGCGCAUUAGAGAUUUCUUAUCUGACCGGUCCCUCGGUCGUGCCCAAGGGACCGCGGCCGCGGCCGCUGUCGUCGCCAAUGUCGACCGACUCGGGCUGGGCUCCGGAAAUGACGGCGCGACCCAUCGGUCCCCCACCCACGAGGUCCCUGUGAGCCUUCGCGGGGCCGGGUCGCAAUUCCAAAAGUGA